AUGGAAGAUGCCAGCAAGGUGGCCGAGUUUAAGAGCAUCGGCGGGAAGCGGACUCUGGUGUCGAAGAAGCAGAUGGGCCACUCGGGAUCCCUGCCUUCUUUGACAGGCGGCCGGCAGACCAUGGGCAGCUCCGCCCAAGGUUUCUACACUGCCUCUGGCUUCAGGCAGCGAGGUAUCCUGUCCGAGGUCGUGAAGCCGCACAGGCGCCAGGAGGUGGACUCCUGUAAGCUAGGACCGGAGGAUGUGGGAACCUGCUCCAGCACCUUGCGAAAGUCCGCAAGUGCCACGAGCUUUAGCCUUUCCGAGAGGUUGCGGGCAAAGGCACAGGAGGCAACUCCCAAGACGCCUCGGAGAACAACGCAAGAUGUGGAGCCCAAGGUGAUCGAAGUCUACGCCCAUCGACCGGGAGACCGACCUCGGAAAGUCACCGUGGAGCGCCGCAGGAAGUGGUUCGAAGCUCUGGAUGUCGUUGCUCUGCUAGAGGAGCGAGGCUGCAACUUUACUCCGGACUGGGAUCGCGAGUUUUGGCUGCAGCUGGACGACUUCAACAACACGGAGUUUGAUAUCCGUAUGCCGGAUCAAUGGCUAGAGCUCGGCCAGCAACCCGAUGGAAGCUUCCUUCCCUUGCAGGCCAAGGCCUUGCGCAUCUAUGAGACAAAGGGCUCUGUCUGGGAGGACUGUACAGUGGAGGGCCUCAAGGACCUGGAAGAUGGCAAAGGCACCAAGGAGUUCUUGGUGCGCUGGGCUUCCAGCCCAGAGAAGGACCUGGAGCCGGUGGGCCGGCUGAGAAUAGUGAUCCAAGGCGAGGACCCGGAGGUGUUUGCCGACCGCAUCCUCUAUGCCUUUCAAGCUCUUCAGAAGGCCCAAGCGAGAAUACGGCUAAACUUUUUCGUAGACAACAUGCCAGUUGACGACAUCCAGACCCUUGACGACGAUCAGGUCAUCAGGGUUAUGGAGUUGGCCAAGAAUUCAUCAAGUUUGAAAGAUGUGUCGGAAACUUUCUGCCACGAGCUCGUGCGAGAAGCCAAUUUGGAUUUCGCACGCACAAUGAACAAGAUCAUCCUCGUGGGUGAUCCCCAAGUCCAGAAGCCGCCAGGCUAUGAUAGCAAUAUGGCACAGGCUGGUUCUCUGCUCUGA